AUGCCAACCGUCAUCGCCCCAGGUUCUUCUGUCUGUCGCAGCCAGAAGCCCUCGCCGGACGAUGCUGCGCUAGCUCUCUACGAUGACCCUGAUCCCUCUUGCGAAUCAUUCCUCCCGCUUCCGUCCGAAUCGGCCGUCAGCCGGAUACUCACCCUAGACGCAGGAGGAUACCUGCCUGCUCAUUCAUUUCACGCCACCGCACCAAGCUUCCCGGGCGCCAUGAUGCAGUGGACGUCAUUCGUUCAGAAAGCCCAGUCCUUCAUCGACCCGGCGAAUUUCACUCUUCCUACCCUGACCUCCUCCGACCGCAACCCGUCCAAAGCCUCCCUGUUUCGCCAGCAGUUCCGCCUCCCCGAUUCCCAAAACCCGCUGCAAGAGAUCACCGCAGAGCUCAUUCUUCCUAUUCCUCAUACCUCGUCACCGUCUCACGGAGAACCCAAUCGCCCUUUUGUUGAGCGCGCUGGGAACCGCUAUGCCGGCAGACUCCAUCUGAGCGAACGGUUCAUCUGUUUCUCGACCCAGCCGACGAGCUUCACGCCUUCUGCUAGCCUUGGCGCAUCGACCCAUUGGGCUGGUCAAACCAACGGCACAGGACCUUCUGGAAACGGAUUUACUAUCCCUCUCUGCUGCAUCCGGAGGGUGGAACGGCUCAACAGUCUUAGCCAUGUCUUCUCCCUUGCAUUGACAACAUGGAAUGGUGCGCUGGGGAAGCAAAGCCCCGACUUCGUUCCGCAAAGAUUCACGAUCCAGCUGGCUGGAAGCAGGCAGGCCUGCGAACGCUUUUGCGACGGUUUGAAGAAGGGGCUGCGCGAAUGCAUGAAGGAGAUUGAGAACUUGCGCAUAGUCGUAAACGAUUGUUACUCGGAAUACUUACUGUCUGGUGCUAAAUCCAAGGCCCAAAAUGGAGAGACUGCUGAACAGCGUCAGCCACCUGAUGCCGGGCUGGGAAUGAUAUUCCGUUAUCCCGGUGAUGCUCGCAAGCUUCGGGAUCGAAGUAAGAUGAGACUAUGGGGAGAAUAUUUUAGAGAGAAUGGCCGUAAUGCCACUAUCAUUCGUCAGCCGACCUUCCAUAAGUUGAUCCGAGUCGGUCUUCCCAAUCGUCUUCGCGGCGAGAUCUGGGAGGUGACGUCGGGUUCGCUCUACCUUCGUCUGAGAUCCCCUAAAUUGUAUACAGAGACACUCUCAAAGUUCUCUGGCCAGGAGUCUUUGGCGAUUGACGAGAUCGAGAAAGACCUAAACCGCAGCUUGCCUGAGUAUGCUGGUUUCCAGAGCGAGGAAGGUAUCGGUCGCCUUCGGAGGGUCCUCACUGCCUACAGUUGGACCAAUGCGGAGAUCGGAUACUGUCAGGCCAUGAACAUAGUCGUUGCGGCUCUCUUGAUUUACAUGUCGGAGGCACAGGCUUUCUUCUUGUUGUCUGUGCUUUGCGAUCGUCUCCUUCCAGGGUACUACUCCACGACAAUGUAUGGCACAUUGCUCGAUCAAAAAGUGUUUGAGUCUCUGGUCGAGAAGACCAUGCCCGUGCUUUGGGACCACCUCACGAAAUCUGAUGUGCAGCUCUCCGUUGUUUCCCUCCCAUGGUUCCUCUCCCUUUACAUCAACUCCAUGCCAUUAGUUUUCGCCUUCCGUGUACUGGAUGUGUUUUUCCUCGAGGGUCCUAAGGUUCUCUUCCAGGUUGGCUUGGCCAUCCUUCGAAUCAAUGGUGAGGAACUUUUGGAUAUCCAGGAUGAUGGUUCCUUUAUCUCCGUCCUCAAGGCAUACUUCUCGCGUCUCGAUGAAUCGGCCCAUCCGAGGUCUGAGAAUCCCAAGCUGAGGGCCAUCACACGGUUCCAGGAGCUUAUGGUUGUCGCCUUCAAAGAAUUCUCCCAGAUCACGCACCAGACGAUUACGGAACAGCGUGAAAAGCACAAGGAUGCCGUCCUGGAGAACAUUGAAAGUUUCGCCAAACGGACAUCCAUCCGCAAUCUCGGUCCAGACAGUAAGAAGCUGAGCAUGGAUGAUCUGGGCGUCAUCUACGACCGUUACUACGAGGUUCUCUAUGACCAUCAGCAGAGGCAGAAACUCUUGGAUGAGGAAAAGAGGCGCCAGGAAAAGAAACGGGUUGAAAGAACAUCGAUCCUUGGGCCUCCAGUGGAUAGAGAGGUAGGCCGUGUUGGUCUUGGUCCUAGUCCCACUCACAUGGAUUACAACGCUUUCCGGGAAUUUCUCGCAGCCACAGCGAAAUGGGCAGUGGCAGACUCGCCCCCUUCGCGAAAGGAGUCAGCCGAUCAGGGCUUCAACAGUCUGAGGGGCUGGGGCAAAUCCUCUUCAUUGUGGAAUAAUAAACCCGAACCAGCAGAUCAUGAGUUCACACGACGACUUUUCCGCAAAUGGGCAACGGACCCUGACGAAGGUUUGAGCUUGCAAAAUGUAGUCAAUGGCCUUGCAAGACUUAAAGGGCCCCGCGACAUCAUGAACAACAUCCAAUACUUUUUCGACCUCUACGAUGAUGAAGGGACUGGUCGGGUGGAUCGGGAAGGCAUUCUUCGCAUGUCAGAGGCACUCCUUUUCCUAUCUCGGCGAGGCUUUGACGGAGCUAUUUCUCCCACACAGUCUGUGGAAGACAUCAAGACGAAUGAACGUGACCCGGAUAGGCUCAGUACAGACGAACGUUUCUUGGGCAGUGUCAGUUCUUUUAUCCGUCGUUGUUUCGAAUAUGCCGAUCCCAGCCAUCCGGACAGCCGAGCAGUUGAAAAGCAGAAGGAUCAGGCGGAUGCGGAGGAAACAGCCGAUAAGCUUGGGUCAUUCAGCAUCGGUGAUGAUGAUGAGGAAGAUCUCAUUGAUGUGAAUGAAGAUACCAAAUCGGCUGCGUCAGCUGAGACCGAAACACUGGCGAAGCAAUCGAAUGAAGACAAGUCCAACACGCAGCACAAUCGCGCCGUCUCAGAAUCCGCAAACCCGGCGCUCGAUCCGAACAAUCCUCUGCACAUUACUCUACCCACCUUCCGCAUGGUGAUCCUUGCUGAUGAACUGUUGGAGCAAUUCUUCGAUACAUUCUUCCCACAAUCAUUCCGCCUUUCCGAUCAUGGAUUGCAAGCCUUGGCCUCCUCGUCUCUCUCAUCCAACCUCACCACCUUCUCCAAUAUCGGCGUACCCAAGCCCCAGUCUAGCGCAGCAGCUGGCGCUUCAGUAGCGGGAGCCUCAGGCGGUAUCGUGCCACCAGGCAAGGGUCUCCGCGGAGUCCUGGACAACAUCGUAUCAGAUGGUAUCCGCAUGGCCGCAGAGGUUAAGAAGAGAAUGGACGAAGCACAACGCGAACUGGAGCGCACCGCCCUCAACCGCGACGACGAAGAAGAUGAUGAAGAGGAGGAGUACGACGCUCGCGGCGGCGUUGCCACCGCAUCCGCAAUGGUCGGCGGCAUUUCCAGCUGGGGCGCAGGUGCCUACGGCGCAGAUCCCGAGCGACGGAGCGUCAGAGAUGCAGAUCGCGAUCUCCUCGAGGGCGCCGAAGUCGUCAGCAUGCGUGGCAAGGACGAUGCAUCCCUACUCGACGAUAAGGACGGACAUGAGCAGACAACACAAGGGACCCCGAGCCCACAUGAGCCAAGUCAAGCCGAACACAACGUCAUCAGCAAGGUCGAGUUCGAGUCUUAA